AUGUUCUCGACACUCUUUGGCCUUUUGGCGGCUGCUGGCGUCGCUCUUGGAGCACAGAAUUCACUGCAGCAGGUGACCAAUUUUGGUGCUAACCCCAAUAAUGUGGGGAUGUAUGUUUACAAGCCGUCGAAGUUGGCCAAUCCAACGCCCUUGAUUGUCGCCAUCCACUACUGCACUGGUUCUGCCCAAGCAUACUUUACUGGCACGCAGUAUGCCAACAAGGCCGACCAGUAUGGGUUCAUUGUCAUCUAUCCCGACUCACCUCGUAGCGGAAAAUGCUUCGACGUCCAUAGCACCGAAACACUGACCCAUAACGGUGGUGGCGACUCUCAAGGUAUUGCAUCCAUGAUCAAGUACGCUAUCAGCAACUAUGGUGUCUCCUCGUCCCGUGUCUAUGUCACCGGAACGUCAAGUGGGGCUAUGAUGACCAACGUCAUGGCUGGAUCCUAUCCCGACCUCUUCCAAGCUUCGUCUUCCUACAACGGCGUUCCAUUCGGUUGCUUUGCUGGUAGCUCCGAGUGGAAUUCUGCCUGUGCUCAAGGCCAGAUAACAAAGACUGCCUCGGCGUGGGGAGACCUUGUUAGGGCUGCUUAUCCUGGCUACACUGGCCCUCGUCCGAAGAUGAUGAUCUGGGAUGGGACUGCGGACACCACCCUCAACUAUGCCAAUUACGCAGAGAUGCUCAAGCAGUGGACCAACGUCCUUGGCGUUAGCCAGACCCCAACAACAACCUCGACUAAUAAUCCUCAAUCCGGCUAUACCAAGACGACUUAUGGUGACGUAGUCAUUGGCUAUUCUGCUCAAGGUGUCGGCCAUACCGUCCCCGUGCAUGAGGAUAUUGAGCUGGCGUGGUUCGGUAUCACUGGUGGCAGUACCUCGUCCACAGUCUCUUCCAGCUCUUCCAGCUCACAAGGUUCGACUCUCUCGACGAGCACCACGACGUCUCGGCAAACAAGCACCAGCACCAGCAGCGCUGCUAGUGGAGGCCAAACACUCUGGGGACAAUGUGGCGGACAAAACUGGAUUGGUCCAACGACAUGCUCUCAAGGUACUUGCAAGUAUUCGAAUGCUUGGUACAGUCAAUGCCUCCCCUAG